CAGAGAGCACGUUGCCUGACUUAGGACAGCGGAGUCUAUGUUGGGACCAGGGUGAUGAGGCAACCCAAGUGGCCGGCAGGAGCAAUGGAGGGAGGGAGGAGGCAGAAGUUGUGUUCUGGUUGGGGAACGUAACCUUAACCAGUCGCUGCUGUGCACAAACAACAACAGUGGACAGAAGAUGGUUUAACACCCGAGGAAAAAAAUAAAAAUCUACGACAAAAGAAGAAGAAGAAGAAGAAGAAGAAGAAGAAGAAGAAGAGGACUGAACCAUGGCUGGAAUCCUUUGGGUAUGGCUCAUGUGACCCCCAAGUGUAAUCCCUGACUGAAGGGGCCAAGAUGGCAGCUGCAGCCGAUGACCCACACCUGGGUCCUGGCCCAUCGAAUGACGAAGAGGUCCUCCUGGAUGACUCUGACUCAGGCAGCAUACUCUCUGACGACUCGGUGCUUCCCGACUACGAACAAGAUACAGUCUAUAGGGAGCCACCGAAAACGCUAUAUGAGGCCUGUUCCAGGAACGACCCCAUUUCCCUCAGCAACAUCCUGGAGAGAGGGGUCACCAAGGAGGAGGCCAUGGAGCUAGACAUCAAUGGCAGGAAUGGACUGAUGCUAGCUGUGUCCAAGGGUUUUGUGGACAUCGUCACCCUCCUGCACAAAUGUCCAUUCAUAGACAUCAACCACCAAGACAAUGAUGGCAACACUGCUCUCAUGAUAGCUGCACAGGCCGGAUUCAUCACCAUCCUAAACUACAUCCUGAACUACUAUUCUGGUGUGGAGACUGAGCUCAGAGACCCUCGUGGCUUCACGGCCCUCAUCAAGGCAGGCCUGCAGGGGCGAGAGGACUGUGUGACCGCCCUGCUGAUGCACGGUGCAGACAUGCAUGUGGUGGACCUGGUCCAAGGCAGAGGGCUUAAGGACUGGGUCCUUCGGACUGGACGGUUUGAGACACUGAGCAGGAUACGACGCCUGCAGGCUCACCCUGUUGCCGGGCAGUUCUGUGAAAGCUACAAGCCUGAGUGGCCUGAACUGAAACAGCUGGUGGAAAAGACCACUGCCCCAAAAUCAACCAAUCAGAAGUUGAGACAGCGCUUAAAAGAAAGCCUUUCUUUUAGCUUCCCUCAUGACCCCCAAGACAACGGGGUUAUGGAUCAUAUGGUUCGGAUAACUACAAGCAUUCACAGCCCCCUGGUAGUUACCGGUUCCCGGCCGCUUUGCCCCACUAGUCCCCCUGAAAUCGGCAAGAGACGGUACGCCGUACCAGAACUGCUUGAAAAGCACAGCAGCAAGGAGCUGGAGGAGAGCACUGUGUCCCACAGCAACGGAUCCAUCACUUCAGCGUCUCCAACAGCUUUGUCCGCCACCUCUGUCUCUCUGACAUCCUGCUGCCAGGAGGCAGAGCGCAGGGAGAGCAUGCCAUCAGGCGGCAUCAGAAGUUUCAUCCCCCGCAGCAUGGCACACAGGAACAGCAUAUUCCCCUCGGGUUGCAUUCCUAAGAUUGAAGUGACAAAGUCUGGGGAGCCCACACCAAAAAAGGAGCAAAAGAAGAAGAGGCAGAAGGGCUACCUGGAGCCGCCCGUCUGGAAGUACAAGGAGGCCAAGGAGGAGAAAAAGAGAGAGAAGAAAAGACAAGAACUGGAGAAAGAAGAUGAGAAAAAACCUAAAGGGUCCAAAAAAUCCUCCAGCAAACGCUGAGUCAGCCAGAUAAAAUUUCACUGUGAUAUGGCCACACACAAAAUAAAUAAAACAGUGAGAUAACGGUGACUCUGAUUUCUGUAACGAGAGAAAGUCGGUGCUAAACAACUUUGGGAGCAAGCAUCUGACAAAUUUCAUGAAUGGAUUUGAACUUUGGCUCCAACAGAAACUUUGAUCCACUGGAAGGUCAUGAUAUUUCUAAACACUUUUUGACAUCUUAGGCACAAAAUUAUGUUAUUCCUAAUGAUGUUUGCAUUUAAACAUCAUUAGAUUUUCUACAUCUCAAGCCUGGUGAGUCUUUUGCUUUUGCACUACUGUGUCUGCUUGAGCUGCAGUUUUAAAGACACUUCUUUUUUCUUGGGGAUCUUACCAAUGUAUACUUGGUGAAAAGCUUUAUGGUAACUGAAUACUAAAUAAACUGCCAAUAGCCUGUACUGUAAAUGAGACAUAUAGGAUCAAAAAUGUCAUCAGUAUCAUCGUUAAAUUAUAAUAAGUUGUUAUAUCCAAAGGACCUAAAAGAGACAAAACAAGGGGCCAACAAUAGUCAUGUGACUACAGAGGAACAAAAGGAAGAUGACUCCCUGCUCUGAUGAAUCACCUUUUAAUUUCUAUCAUGUGGUUGGCUUACGUAAGGAACUUAUGUGUGGUGGUUUGGAGAAUGUUCUGGUGGGGAACAUUUUGUCCUGCCAUCCAACCAUUCAUCCAUCCACUUAAUAACUGUCACAGACCAUGUACAGAUAAACACAACAAGAGGAGGUGUUGACUUCAAAUUGUCCAUGGAGGCUUCACCUCACAACGUGUGCAGUCUACUAAUAACAUUGUGGUACCACAACACACCUUCAGGGGUCCAUACCUCAAUGAGGAAUAUUAGGACCAACACAUACAUCAUUAUGGUGGCAUUCAUAUUGUUAUUCCUGACUGAUGUUUGUUUUCUAAUUGCCUACCCAGUUCCCACCUCUCCUGCAACAUGUAGCAUCUACCAACUUGGCUUUCUCCAAGUUUCCGACACUCCAAAACGUUUUUGAACCUCAUUACGGACAUUUAUAACUGAAAGUGCUAAGUCUGCACGCUUGGCUUGUGGUGAAUGACGGACUUAUGGUACAUUUGCAAGUCCUCGGUCUGCAGCAAUGUUUUGUGUUUUGUUAGACAAAGUCAACAGAACAUGCUUUGUGUGCAACUUUGCUUUUUGAUAAAAGGAGAAGCCAAGGAACCUCUGAGAGGAACUGCCUGUACCAAAUGUUACUCAGGGUUAUUAAAUUAUGGACUUUUCACAAUCGGAUUGUUUGUGGAAACUAGAAAAAAGUGUUAAUGUUAUAUUUGUGUAUUCAGUUUGCUAAUUACAGUAACACAACUAUUAAUGCAAAUUAAUCCAAAACAUAUCCAGUUGUAACAGAUUAUAUCUAUCUAUGACGUCAAUCUAAUUAGGCAAUCUCUUCUUUGAUAGAAAGUUUGAAGACUACUUUAAAAACAAAAUACUUUGAGCACUCAGGUUUUUUGUGGCAUAUUUAAGGUGUGGAAUCAAUGACGAGUGUUUGUAAUGCAAGCUUGUAAUAAAUUUUCUUGACCUUUG